AUGGAAGCAGCUGAUCUAAUUGAUCGUGUUUACAAUGAUACAGGAAUUUCAUUUGUAACAUCAUCAAUUACCCAUCGUCAAUCGUAUUCAGUUAGUAUGAUCGAUACGAUAUUUACUAGUGGACGCCAAUUAUCGAAUCACGGUGUUGAUAAAAUUCACACAAAUACAUUUGGAUUUUUUCAACAAGAAAUUUGUGGUAUUAGUGGCUUAGAUGGAAGUAUUAGUUAG